UUAAGAGGUUGGCAUGAUGAGCUAGUCUUUUAGUCUUAUUCUACAGUUUUAAUACUAUCAGUAUAGCCUCAUUCAAGUCUUGUAGGUGUCUAGAUAUGAUUUGAGUGCCUCUCCUAGCGAGAUUAUCUGGCAAAAUAUUCCUUCUUUAUUUGGAGAAAGAUCAGAAUUUCCUUCUGUCUUAUGACAAAUGCUGCCUCAAAACUGCCACUCAGCUUUAGUUAAGAGAGUCCAUAUACAGUUAUUAGCUAUUUUAAAGACUUGAUUGCCAGAACACCUUAUGGCUUUGAUCUCCAGGGUUAUCCAAAAGAAAAGUGAAAUGAAAUAGCAAUUAGCAACCUCAAACGAAGGAUUAUCAACCUGGAAUAAGACCGAGAGGUUGCUCAAGUAUGUCUAAAGACUUAUUGAGAAAGGAUCUAACUGCUAGUUCAUGGUUCCAUUAAAGUACCAAAAAUCCAGCCAGGAUGUACCUUCUCAGAUCGAUUGUAAAAUAUGUCGUUUUUGGCAUACUUUUGAUUUCAACUAUUU